AAUGGAGAAUUCUUUUAAUAUUAUAGAAGACGAAAAUGUUAACGAAGAAUACUCUAGUUUUUGUUCUUCUUGCAAUUCUCUCUUCCAAUCUAUACGUAGUAUCGGAAUACCAUCUUUUCAUGAAUUAAAUGAUGAAAAUAAUAUAAUAUCGCAAAUUGAAAAAGAUGAAGACAUUAUAGAACAUAUCGAUACGAUAACUGAAGAAACUGGGAACGUAAAUGAAUAUACGUCGGAUAUUAAAGAAAAAACAUUUGUUAAAAAUAACAACAAUCCUACUAAAAAUUCGGUGAUACCAAUGGAAUUUCAUACAUAUAGAAAACAAGAAACUAACAAUAAUAAUGACAACAAAACUGACUACUCUGUAACUAAAAAGAUAAAAUAUAUCGAAUUAUUAUAUAAAGAUUUACAAAAAAGAGAGAAUUAUGUUACCUUACCUGAUGAUAAAAAUAAACCUUUCAUAUUGAUGAAAAAUAAUUUGGACGAUAUAUUUAAUUAUGAAAUGCCAAAAACAAAAAUAUUAAAACUUACAAGGAAAAAUUCAUCAAUAAAAUAUGUAUCAUCUAGUAAUGAUUAUAUUGUAGAAGAUAUUCUAAGUCAUCGUAAAAAGAUACUAAAAAUUAUGAAAUCAAUAUUAUAUCUUUGGUAAGUAAUUAGUGAUAUACGAAUAUUUUCAAAGUUCUUAAUUUAUUGUUUCUUUUUAGUAAUUACAUGGAUACAAUUCGUGAAGUUAUAUUUCAAGAAAUUCAUAUGAAACAAUCUCAAAAAUGUCAGAAAGCAGUUCUUAAGGACAAUUAAGUUCUAUAGAUAUUAAUUAAAUGAUUUAUUGAACAUAUAAUUAUUUUUUACGUAUGAGAAUUUUAAUAGUAGUUAUUAGAAUUAAGAAAUUUUGGUUUUAAUAUCUUUAAUAGAUU